UUUACCGCGUAGGGCAAGCGAUCUUUCCUCAGAAUCGAUGAUGACGUCGAGCAGCAAAGGGGAAUGAGACCUCGAUCCGCUCGGUGAAUUAGCUACCAAAAGACUGGCCACACUAAGCUCUAACACUGAUGUGUAGAACGAUGUAAAGUAGUGAAGAUUUUCUGUAAUUGUCCUCGGGACUUCACAAGCAAGUUUUCCAUUUAUUUACAAUGUUCAAGGUAUCUUAUUGAUAAAAAAUUAAUCUGAAAACUGCAUCGUCAUGGUAUCGUGGAUUUUUCUUGCAUUCUGUGUGCUAUUACUGACGUCGGUCAUUAGUUCGCAUAUCAGUUGUCCACUUCAUUGUGAUUGCGUACAACGUAUGGUAAAUUGUACAUCACGUGGGUUGCACAAAAUUCCUGAUAAUAUCCCUCUACACACUGAGUUACUGUUUCUAUCUGAGAAUCGGUUAACGAACUUGGUCAAACAAAUACCCUUUCUGCCUCGUCUGUUAGACCUGAACUUAUCUACCAAUCAAAUCAAACAACUGGGCCGUGGGUCCAUCUUUCAAAAUUUGACAGAACUACGUUUACUGGACUUGUCUAAUAACAAGUUUCGUACCUUAUUCAACGGAGUCUUUCGUGGUUUGUACAAGUUGGAAACGCUUAUCAUUACAAACGGCCACCUCAAGUUCAUUGACGAACAUGUAUUUGAUGACAUGAGUAAUCUUAAACAUCUGAACCUAAGGGAAAAUUCCAUUCAUUCAAUGCCAGUAGAGUGGUUUUACGAUAUGAUGAAUUUAGUAAUCCUAGAGCUUGACAACAACGAGAUCUAUUAUCUAAAUAGCGGGACGUUUACAUCACUAAAUAACCUUCGGCACCUUUCUUUGUCCCAUAACAGAAUCAGAGGAAUUAGUGAAAAAGCUUUUCUAGGACUUCGUAACCUGACAACUUUGCUGCUGAACCACAACAACAUUGCUGAAGUUCCCACAGUAGCCCUCCAAUCUAUGAAACGUCUGAAGGUUUUUUUUCUUGACGCUAAUCCAAUUCCUAAGUUGGUAACAGAUGACUUUACUCUUUUUUCUGUAAAAGAGAUAUCUCUGUCGAACACAACUACGCUUCAGAUGAUAGACCGUGGAGCAUUUCGAGAUUUAGGUAACCUGGAGAAGGUUUAUCUCCAUAACAACCCAAGUCUGCAUUACGUAGAUCCCCAUGCUUUCAUCAAUGUUCCUAAGUUGAGAGUUUUGCUUUUGCAUAAAAAUAAUCUUUCUGUUUUAAGUUAUGAAACUGUCUACGAACGUCCGGCCGUUCAGCUCACAAUGUAUGACAAUCCACUUCUCUGCGAUUGUAAUGUUAGAUGGAUUCAAAAGGCACUAAACAAAAAAGAAAAUUCUUCAAUUCAUUUUUUAAACUCAGAUCAGUUAAAAUGUUCCCAACCCCAGAUUCUGCGUUCUUUUCCCCUCAAGGCUUUGAGCCUCGCCAGCAUUCCUGAGCAGUGUGAACCAGUCCUAGUUGAUUCUCGUAACGAAACAGUUGACACAAAAAUGGGAGAUUCUCAGAUUUUCGAAUGUCGUGCUUUUGGGAUACCUCCGCCCAAGAUCCAUUGGAUUGUACCCUCUGGAAGCGUGGUGAAUGAAUCAAACAAUGACUUACGCAUUCAGAUAAAACAUAGUAAUAUAUUACUCUUGUACCACUUGAAGCCCAAAGAUUCUGGAAUCUACCAGUGUGUUGCAGAAAACAAUAUGGGUGUUGCCAUAAAGAACACGGUUCUUCAAGUUGGCAGUGUAGACAUUGGUCUGUUUCCUCAGCGGGUGUCUUCCACAUUCGUAACAGUUGUGUGGAAUGGCACAGCACGGAAUAACUUUCCAGAGUAUGAUAUACUUUACAAAACUGACAACCGACCAGGGGAGCAAUAUCAAACAGUCACAGUUAGUUAUGUAUAUCGUUCUUAUACUAUAAAUAAUCUUGAACCAGAUACAAGUUACAAGCUCUGCAUUGCUGUCAAGGACAAAGAAGAAGAGAAAUACAUCAAACUAUCCUGUACUCACGUUCAUACCCGAGACGCUAGUUUUAUUAUGCAAGGCAUUUACACCACAAGCAACGUAGCGGUCGCAGUAGUGCUAGGAAUUGUUGCGGCAAUGUUGUGUAUUGUUUGUUUGGUUUCCAUGGCAGCCAAGAAAUACAGACAGCGACACUACGAAACGCCUGAAAAGUCUCUCAUUACUGACAUGGCUCACGUACCACCAGAGAACCUUAACAGCCCUUUAAUGCCUCGAGUUGGAUCCUGAAAAUAAAAACAGAACAACCCUUUUUAGAGGGGCAGGUUGAUUUCUGGAGUUGUUGAUUUAUUAUUUUAAGUUCACAAGUUGGUUGAAGAACAUGCCGAUUGGUAAAGUUGCACACGGUAUUAUCAUAGCUGGCCAAAUGGGUUUGUGAAGGACAAUACAUUUUUACAUGAACAGGGAAGAAAUGUUUCAUGAAGAAGAGCUUAAUGUAUUUCCAUCAGAUCAAGCAUAUUCCUCAGAAGGAACUAAAAUGUUACACGAGGAAAGCUGAGACAAUUAAACACUUAAAAAUUUCAACCAAAAUGAAGCUGUUUUCUUCAUGUUGAUUAAACUCACAAGUGUUUAGAAAAUUUUACCAGAUCUGGGUUGGUUGCUUUAAAUCACUUCGCAGGUUGAUUAUUAAAGCUAUAAAGCGAAAAUCCCUUGUUCACACAAAAUUAUAAUAAUCAUACGAAAAUGUACAGUCAUAAAUGUUAGUAUUCAACAUGUUCUUCGAAUAAUACAGUGUUUUAAAGGAAAUAAUGCAUGAUUUGAAUUUUUUUAUUACACCAGCCUUCGAAAGUUGACGAUAAAGGUAGUUAGAAGUUCUUAGCUUAUUUCGACACGCGUGGAUAUUACUCAGUUGAAGUGAAGCUAGUUAAUUGUUAUACACUAACUUUUCAUAUAAUUGACUUGAAUGGAACAGACCUCUUAUUUAAGCUAAAAGCUUUGCGUUGUGAGCUGUGAUAUUGUUUGCCAUCAUUUUAUUAGAACACACGAUCUUAGAAAACUAUCUGAUAUUUCACCACUUCUAAUUAGGUUUACUACAGUAGAAAAUAACGUACACCAAACUGAAAUUGUAAAAACAUAACUUUCCGUAUUGUUAAUAUAUUGAUGACAAGUAAUAGACUAGUCAAGCAUAUCCAUGAGAAUUAUCACCAAUCAAACUCAAGUACAUUUAAGAUAGUUAAGUGUUUUAGGACGUUUCAUUUCUGCGGAGCGCGCUAGAAAUAUCACUUAUAAAACAUAUCCUGUCUGUUUAACCCAGUAGGUUCUGAUUACCUCUUCAAACUAGUGAUUAAUUUAACCAUCAUCACAUGAUUAUUUUACAGAGAAAUGAAAACAUUUCCAAGCUUUAGACCAUGCAACGGAAAACAUGUUAUUUCCUUGUUGUAUGACAACUCUCUUCUUUGGUAUUUACUGUAUGCGAUAAUGCAAGAUUUUUUUACUGCACUUAAUGAUGAAUUCUCAGUUCAUUGUUGAAAAUAUUAUGUAAAAAAAUUAAAAUAAGUUAUUAAUAAUUGCGUAAGUUGCUCUUUCAUUAUAUACACAAAAUGGAUAACAUAUUUUCGAAUAUAUAACAUAAUCCUUAAUGCACAAUGGGGUCUGUGACCCCAUCGGCUAUUUAGGCACAUUUCCAAACUAUUUAUGUAACAAAUUAUAUAUAGAGAUAGAAACUGUGGACAGUUAACGUUGAACUGUUCCAGAAAUGUGGUUCCAAGUAAUUUUGCAUUUUUACCUGAACAAUAAUUUUAUCAGUGGAAAUGUUAAUUAGUUUUUUCUUUUUAAUUGUCAUUGCUCUUGUUAUCAAUUCGAACGUAUUAUUCACAUCUGGUUAAAGUGUAAAAUGUGUAAAUGGAUGUAUGAA